CAGAAGAAGCAGAAGCAGCAGAAGAAGAAGAAGAAGGAGCAGAAGAAGCAGAAGAAGAAGCAGAAGCAGGAGAAGCAUCAGAAGCAGCAGACAGAAGCAGAAGCAGCAGACAGAAGCAGAACAGAGAGAAGCAGAAGCAGAAGCAGUCAGAAGCCGAAGCAGAAGAAGCAGAAGAAGCAGAAGAGGAAGAAGCAGAAAAGCAGAAGCAGAAGAAGCAGAAGAAGCAGA